GCGCCCAUUGGGCUGUGUGCCCGAAAACACCAUGGCGUUGGUCCAGGUUCCCAACACGGAGGAGAUGUACAACUACAUCGCCGAGAGACCUGGAGGUGUGUCGCUGGAGGAUCUUUCAUCAGCUGGAUGGCCCGACAAGACGCUGCGCACCAACAUGGUGAACCAUCUCUUGAAUCAGUGGCUCUUAGAGCUGGUCCCCGCAGGGGGCAACAACUUCAUUGUGAAAGCCAUCCCGGUGCACCUGGCGGAUAAGCUGCGACGCCUGGAUGAUACCACCAGGCAGGUCUAUCAGCAGAUCGAGAAGGCUGGGGACAGAGGCGCCUGGAGCAAAAGUCUGAAGGAUCAGACCAAACUGCAGCAGCACACCAUCACCAAGGCUACGAAAGAACUGAUGAAGAUGCAGCUGAUUAAGGAGGUGAAAUCAGUUCAAAACCGCAACCGCAAGGUCUUCAUGUUGAUCGAUUUGGAGCCCAGCAAGGAAGUCUCUGGAGGUACCUGGUACAAGGAUGGCGAGUUCAACACCAGCUACGUGGAGACCCUGCGUGAGCACUGCUUGACCUUUUUGGAGAAGAACCCGGGCCGGCCAGUGCCGCUGGCAGACAUACAUCGCUAUGUGAUGCAACAUCCUGGGCCUCAAGUUCCCACUGAGGAUGACAUCAGCUGCAUCAUGAAGACCUUGGAGUUGGAUGAGGAAGUGACCUCCGCGGUCUCCGCGACUGGACAGAGAGUCUUCAUGAAGAUGCGCAAAGGCGCCUUCGCCACCCACUUCGACCUCUUCGCGGCACGUUUGCCCAACUUCCUGCAGCCAGCCGAGGCGGUGCCGGGACAGAUGCUGGUGCCAUGCAUCUGCUGCCCACUGCGCAACGAGUGCAAGGCUGGCGGACGUGUUUGCCCCGAGAAGUGUGAAUACCUCACGAGGUGGCUACAAAAAGAUGAACCAGCACAAACGGAGGACUCGAUGGUGGAUUGGUAGCGUAAAA